AUGCAUCCGCCACUCCCUCAUGGUAUCAACCCUAACUUUAAGAUCAAUGAAGCAGAGGCCAAAAAGCACAAGCUAUAUAAAUCAAUUAUUGUUAUACCUGAACUGGCUAAAAACGCUUUAAAUAACAAUCCUAAAAGUGAUAAAAAGACCUAUGAUAAAUUCAAAGCUACUUUUAAGACUAUUAGCAAGCGCUUUAUUCAGCAACCUGCCUUGGUUCGUUUCACUAAACUUCUGGUUGAAUAUAUGGAUUUGGAGACCACCAGAAAUAAAUUUAAUGAUGCCAUUGAAGAAGCUGUUUUAGACAACAUACUCAUAAUUGAAGAAGAAAAGUCUAGAAAAAGAAUCAAAAUCAUACAAACUCAAACUCUCAACCAAGAGCUUUCUGCUGAAAUCAGUUGCUCUUCGACGGUAGCUGAGAAAGAUGAAAAUGAUACUAUUGCUAAUGAUUUGACCAAUAUCACGGGGCAAGCAGCGGAUGAGACAGGUUACAUACAAAAGAUAAUCUACGGAGACGCAGAGAAACUUCAUGAUAGAUAUAAAGAAAGUGAUGACUUGACUCCUGUUGAAAGGAAACGUAUGUGUGCCGGCCUUUCUGGGAUGCUUGAUAUCAGUGAUAGCUCAUACCAUAGCCAGAGACUUCUGUUUGGCACCAGUAAAUGGAAGAAUAUAAAUGAGUAUUACUCCCGAUUUAGACAGUCAUUUUUCCACACAAAACUUGAUUCCAACCUUAAUUCAUUAUAUGAAAUAUGGGACACUAUUCACAAGGCGCUUACAACGGAUCAUAAUUUCUUUCAAGCCCGAAGAACCUUCAAUCGCCUCUCUAGUGAAAACGAUAUUAAUGAAUACGUUUUUAAACAACUACAAAUAAUUGACUAUUUUCUCGACACCUUUGACAAUAAGCAAUUUGUUCUGAAUCCCAAAGAUCCGAUGAAAUUGACGGAACGAGAUUAUGAAUCACAGAUUUGGGUUCCUCUCUUCACCAAAUUAUUCAACAUAAAGAAAAACCUUCUCGUCCGAAUCAAGACAGGUGAAUCAGUACCUGAAGAAUCAACAAAAAGAAAAGCUGAACAGUAUGAAAACGAUAAGAAUGUUAUUGGAUUUAAAGUCGACUUAAGGCUGAUUCACGACCAUAAGAAGUUGGAAAUAGACUUGGCAAGUACUGAAGUAGCCCUUUCGUGUGCUGAUGAAGUCAAAUUGUGUCACAAUGAAUCCAAAAUUAUUGGUUUGACUGCUGUCUUCUCAAAAGUUCUUUAUGAUGAUGAAUACAAGAUAUAUGUCAACGUUUAUCAAUUCACAUUUCAUUUUCCUACCUGUAUCAGUGAACUUGAAGAUUUAAAAGAUAAUCUGGAAUUGUUGUUCAAAUUUAAAGAAGAUACCGAGCGAAUUGCAAGCAAAGUUCAAAAAGCAUUGAAACAUGCCGAGCGGCAAUACCAUUGUUCUGAAGACUUUCCCCCCGAAAGGAAGCUUGCUCCUGAACCACCCAUAUACUUUACUCCACCUAGAAACGAAGCACGCCGUUCAGUUCUGCCAUUCAAAGGUAAAACUCUUUGAUUAACCAAAGUUAACUAUUAUACAACCAAACAGUACGACACUUUUUUAUUUUAUUUUAUUUUAUUUAAAGAACAAUGUAUUAACGUUUCUAUUGAUAUUAAAAUGAUUUAUUAUUGAAGAUAC